GCUCUUCAAAUCAAAAUCUUCGCCGGAGAGAUACUCGAACCCGGUGACGAUGAAGCGAACCACCUCUUCAUCGAACUCAGAAUCACAAAGCUACAUCGAAUCACCACACUCUCCUCUCCGAUUCCACUCCCCUCUCUCAGAAGCCGGAGAUCCACCAGAGAGCCGUUACGUCUCUCCGGAGGGAUCUCCUUUCAAACUCGAUAAUCCGAAGCCGAUCGUAACCGAAUCCAAGCUCCCUCCUCCUCCUCCUCCUCAGUUUCCUCCGCGCGCGAGGGGAGCACCGGCGACGACGAACUCGUCUUCCUCCGAGAAGUCUCCCUCGUCGAUGGUGGUGUUUAAUCGCUGGGUGAGGGAGGAAGGUCCGGAGACUACGACGAGGAAGGUUGGAGGCGGAGGAGAAUCUGGGGGGACGAUGACGAUGACGGCGAUGAUGGGGAAUAGAGUGAGAAGAGAUGAGUUGGUGAGUAUAGCGGCGUUAGGGUUUAGAGUGAGUGAAGUGAUUUUGUGUGUGAUUUCGUUUUCGAUCAUGGCGGCUGAUAAGACUCAAGGAUGGAGUGGUGAUUCUUAUGAUCGUUACAAAGAGUACAGGUAUUGUUUAGCUGUUAACGUUAUAGCGUUUGUUUACUCUGCGUUUGAAGCUUGCGACGCUGCUUGCUACAUCGCGAAAGAGACUUAUAUGUUAAACUGUGGAUUUCAUGAUAUCUUCGUCUUCUCCAUGGAUCAACUUCUUGCGUAUCUUCUGAUGUCGGCUUCUUCAUGCGCUGCUACUCGAGUUGAUGAUUGGGUAUCUAAUUGGGGAAAAGAUGACUUUACUCAAAUGGCAACCGCUUCCAUUGCGGUUUCUUUUAUAGCGUUUGUGGCGUUUGCGAUCAGCGCUUUGAUUUCUUCUUACAGGCUCUUCGCUCAUACUUCCUCUUAGUUAUAUCCCUGAGACCAAAUACAACUCUUUUUCUCUGUAUAGUUUCUCUUACAGCCUAGAAACCACCAUGGUAACGAUUCUUGUUACUCUUGUGUGAUAAAAAAAUAUCAAUAAUAUUAAACGGAAUAGAGCUUUCUUGCGUCUCAAGUAAUCUUC